AUGUGGAACGACGAGGACAAUAACCCCUACGGGGCCUUUGACCAACAUCAGUCUGGGCUAUCCGACUCCCUACAUUCGGCCGCACUCUCGCCUCCUCUCUAUGAACAGGAUUCAACCCCUCCCUCCAGCCGCGAUUCUAAUAGUGAACCUCCGGAUUACCUCACUCAUCCCGAAGACCUUAGCGACCCCGAGGAUGAGUCCGAGUAUGGUGCCUCUAGCCAACAAUACCCCCGGAAAAGCGUCUAUGAUAGCCGCAUCGAGCAGCUCCUCUAUGAAAACCCGGAUAUGCCAGUUUUGAUUACUGAUGCCGGGAAGAAUCAUGAAGGCGGCGGCGGCUUCAUUGUUUACACUAUUCGGACUGCGGACCUGGAAGUGCGUCGUCGAUACUCUGAAUUUGCAUCAUUGCGACAAACCCUCGUUAAUUUGCAUCCUACUCUGAUCAUUCCGCCUAUUCCCGAGAAACACAGCAUGGCGGACUAUGCAGCCAAGCCUACCAGGGCCAAAGAUGAUGCAGCCAUCAUUGAUCUUCGCAAGCGGAUGCUUAGUGUGUUCCUUAACCGAUGCAGGCGUAUGAAGGAAGUCCGCGAGGAUGGGGUGUGGUGGAGAUUCCUCGAUCCCAACGUCAGCUGGAGUGAGGUUUUGAGCUCCCAUCCGGCAUCGUCUGUUCCGAAAAAUAACUUGAAGGCACCACCUCUCGAUCCUGCAAACCCGACACCAGCCCAUGGCUGGCUUCCAGUUCCAUCUGCCUCUGCAAAGCUCAAGCCCAACAGUGGGGCUGCCGCAUCCACUGGAGCUCCGGUGUCGCCCACGUCGCCAAGUGAAUCCGAGCCGCCCUCGUUCCCAGGACCUGAAGUCCUUGGGCGGUUCCCUCCCGAGUCGCGUAAACUCAAUGAACAAGAAUUGGACCCAUACUUUAUUAACUUUGAAGCGUCUACUCGGGAGAUAGAGCUACUUUUGCAGGGGAACAUUGAGAAAGUCAAUCGACGAACUCUCUCGCAUCUGUCUUCUCUCUCGGCCGACCUCAUGGAAUUGGGUGCGCGUUAUAACGGGUUCUCUCUUUCAGAGCAAUCGCCCACGGUGGCUGCUGCCAUUGAGCGCAUUGGCCAAGCCGCGGAUACUUCCUAUAUUGAAACCGAAGAGCUUUCGUCGGCUCUGAGCGCAAGCUUUGCCGAACCCAUGCGGGAAAGUGCCCAAUUCGCUAGUGUGGUUCGAGGUGUUCUACGAUACAGAGUCCUCAAGCGAGUGCAGCAAGAAAUGACUCGUGAUGAAUUAGCAAAGAAGAAGACCCUGCUGGACUCCCUUGAACGGAGCGAGCUUGAGGCUAAGCGUAUUGAGCAUUAUCUCAAUCGCACCAAUCCCCAAUCUGCAGGCACAAAGCCCCGUUCUAUGUCGACCUCGUCCGCUAUUAGCAGUGAAGGCAGUGGUCCUAAUAUUUCAGCUGACUCGGGUUUCCCUCCUACACAUGACAGCCCUAUCAGCUCUCCGCCUGCACCUCAAAUUGGAGGAUACAAGAGGCCCGAUUCAUCAGCAUCAGCGGCCCCAUCCCACCGGAAGUCAGCAAGCGGGACCUUUGUGGCCAACAAGAUUUUCGGUCGCAUCAGCCAUGCUAUCCACGGGUUCGCGGAUGUGGACCCCGAACGAACACGCCGGGACCAAAUUGGCAAAACGAAAGAAAGUUUGAUCCAGUUGGAGCAAGCGUUAGAGGUAUCCGAAAAGGAUGUCAAGGAUGCCAGUGCCGGCGUGUUGCAAGAUCUCAAACGUUUCCAGAAAGACAAAGAAGCAGAUUUGCGACGCUAUAUGGUCGCCUAUGCUCGAUGCCAUUUGGAUUGGGCGCGAAAGAAUCUCGAGACAUGGACGGAAGCCAAGGAUGAGGUGGACAAGAUCGUGGCUCGCUAG